AUGAAGCUCUCUACAGUCUACGUACUGGGUGCUCUCCCAGCAGCUCUGUCUUGGAUUCCAUUCAAGCAUGGAGCUGGAGCUGGAAAUCGAGUUGUAGUAGCCUCCAACAAUCCUGAAGCUACUCAGCAUCGAGAACGAGCUCGACCUAGUAAUGUGGAUUUCAAAUUUAACCCACAAGAACUACUUGAUUCUCGUAAACCCGAAGUCUACUCCGAGGCUUUGGUCCGACUGAAGCGCCUUGAAGGCGAGCCAAUCUGUCACCGCGUUGCUGCCCAGCUUCUCAUGAAUAAUUGCCGAGGCCUCGAGGGGAUCAACGAGCAAACGUAUCAGUUGAACAGCGACCAUAUUCAAAGACAUCACGUGGAGACUUUCGCGGCCAGUCUCACAACCUGCGAGAUUGAGCGCCUGGGAGACCCUGAAGCUCGAGAAGAUCCUGUACCGCAAGCUUGCUCGAUAUUCUCCAGUUCAGUCCUCUUUGAACACGCCCGGGAGCAAAAAGGAAAAUUGAAUGUAUCGCAUGAAGAGGUCCACAGUUGUAUCAUUGCUCUCACCAAAAUCGAGAACGGCUACGCGACGUGGUUGAGUUAUCGCGACACUGCUCUGAUGUUCUGCCGAGCUGCUGACCAGCACAUACUCUUGCAAAAAGAGUUAGCCUUGACUAUGGCAAAAUUCUCGGAAGAUGUUCAUGGAGAUCUUGAUUACAUUAGCCGGAAGAUGGCUGAAAACGCAAAAGCAGCGGAGUCGUAUUUGGAGAAAUUCUUCAGCACUGCCAAUGAAUGGAAGGACAAGCUUUCCCAAGCUCUCCAAUCAGUUUCCAAAGAUGCCCAGGAUAUUGGUUCUGCGGUACAUUCGAUUACUAAUAACGCAAAAACUGCGGACCAUAUGAUCAAGCAACUCAUCCAGACUGUUUACGCAACCAAUGCAGAGGUUUCUGCCCAGCAAGAGCUAGCUUUACAAGCUGGCGCGAAGAAUGUUCAGUAUCAGAUGGGUGACAUCAACAGGAUGAUGGGUGCCACCGAGGAAGGAAUGAAGAUCAUCAGCGCGUUGGUAUCGGAUCAGUUCGCUCCAAUGAUAGUUUCUCUUAUUGAACGCCAGGACGUGCUGGAAGAUAGAUCUCAAGCAGUGUUGGACGCAGUGAUCAAUGCCACAGAGCUCCUUCAAGGUCAUGCCCAUCAGCUUAACGAAGCAAGUCGGGCAGCAUCGACUAUUAACGAAGACUUAAAAAAGGCUGUUGAGCAUGCACACUCCUGGAAGGAUGCUCUGAAUGUGGAAGGCGGGAUCCCGGAUUGGACUCUUCGCACAUGGCUUCCACUAGGCAUGGUGUUGGCUAUGAACACCGCCGUUACGGCAUCCAAGUUACUGAAUGCCCAAGUAGGACUUGCUGGCCUGAUCAUAAGUGAAGUUAUCAUCUGGACUCGACACUCGGCACUCUUCGCUACCUGUCACUGGGGUUGGAAGCUCUUUACCUCUUCUCAAAUUCCAUCAUCCGUUACUCACAAGGCUCGGGAACAACCCUUAGUCGCCGCCACCACCAUCAUCGAGAACACAUCAACAGCCCCACCUGCGGAACACUAG